CAGUCUCCCACGCCUCAUAUUACAUAUGUACGCACAAAUUAGGGAAUUAAACCGAGGUACCGAAAUCUCCUGAGCCGAGAGCCUGCACACGAUCACGAUUGAUGCCGAUGAUGUGUACCAUAUACCCAUUGAAAUCAUGAAAAUUGAAGAGCCUUUGUAAAGAUAGAGCUUUGAAGUUGAAGAUAAAGAUGUUUUGGUCUAAAGUUGAAAAUACUGUACCUAUUAAUCCUGCCACGUUCACUAAAGUUGGAGACUCAGGUGAACAAAAGACCUUGGCACAAAUCGUUCAAGAUGCUUCUCCGCUGCUUGCUGAUGGAUAUUCAUUCUUUGUGAACCCAUUACUUGCCGGUGGACAUCUUCAGACGGCGUAUACUGGGACACGCAAGUUUGGUGACGUUGAUCUUGUUAGAUAUGGAAGAAGAUUACUUCAUAUUGACCCAGAGGACCAUGGGUAUGUGGUUGAAGGUGAAAAAUUAAAGUAUGAUCUGUAUGCUGGAGAGAGUACUAUCACUGUAGAUUAUGUUUUGAAUAACCAACCAAAGGCAACUGCCUCUGCUUCCCAGGGAGCUGUCAAGAUUCCAUCCUCUCAAGAUGGAACCUUGUUACCUCCAAGAACGACAUAUAUCUCGCAAAGUGAUGAAGAUAAAAUUCUUUCAGACCAAUCUAGACCUCUUUUAAUUGCGUUACAUGGGCUUUCUGGAGGCUCUUAUGAGGCGUAUGUGCGGUCACUUUUGCAUGAGAUUACUGGUCCGGAAUUUGACUUUGAUGCAGUGGUGGUUAAUUCAAGAGGUUGUGCUGGUCAUACACCAACCACUCCACAACUUUUCAAUGGGCUCUGGACAAAUGAUGUGCGGUAUUAUGUCAAUGAAGUCAUCACGAAAAAGUACCCAGAUAAGAAGAUCUAUCUUAUUGGAUUUUCUCUUGGUGGUGCCAUUUUGGGGAAUUUCCUUGCUCAAGAAAGUGACCAUGUACACCCCAACAUUUGUGGUGCAGCCAUUAUGGGAUCUCCAUGGGAUUUUGUAGAUUCAUGUGUUCAACUUGAAGCUAGUUGGAUCGGCUCACGUGUAUACUCGCCAGUGAUGUCUCAAAACCUUCAAAAGCUUUUAUUGAACCAUAAAGAUGUUUUAUCUGAUAAUCCUUUGGUUUCACUGUUUGUAGAAAACCCGAAAAAUUUUGAUGUUCCAAAGUUGAAGGACUUUGAUGAUACUUUUACCUCCAAAUUCUUUGGAUUUAAUUGUGCUUCUGAAUAUUAUCGUCGUGCUUCACCAAUCCAAAGAUUAUUGAAAAUUCGAGUUCCUACGGUGAUUGUAUCAUCAUUAGAUGAUCCAAUUGCUGGUAAUACUUCUUUGCCAUAUAGUGAAGUGCAACUCAACCCGUACACCAUGUUUGUGACGACUACAAUUGGUGGACAUUUAGGAUGGUUUACCAGUCUGAGUACCCGUUGGUACCCAAAGCCAAUAUCUCAAUUAUUCAAAGAACUUCAUAAGAAUUGGACUGUUAAUAAAGUGGAUGAAGAACAUAUUCCUUCCCAUGAGAAUACAAUUUGGCGUCAUGAUAGACUUAUAUUGUAAAAAUAGAUUAAUAAAAUAGAAGGAUAUAUAAUAUUAGAAUAACUUUAAUACUAGAGAAUAAUAC